AUGCGGGGUCAGUUGCAGGCCCUUUUGCGCCGCGCAGCAUCAACGCAGGGGAGGUCGAAAAUCGACAUCGACUGGGACAACUUGAGUUUUAACCUUGACCAUCAUGGGCAGGAAAUGUUUUGUGCGGUGUGGAAUGGCCCCGCAAAAGGUUGGGAGGGUCAGUUGCAGGACUAUGGACCACUUUCGCUGAUGCCCAGUGCCCAGGCUCUGAACUAUGGACAAUCAAUAUUUGAGGGCAUGAAGGCCAGGAGAACUGCCAAGGAUAGGAUUGUCUUAUUUAGACCUGAGAUGAACGCCUCGCGUAUGAAGGAUGGCGCACGAAGACUAUGCAUGCCAGAAGUGCCACAACAUACUUUCAUUAAUGCUGUGGAGGAGACUGUCAGGGCCAACAGUGAGUACGUGCCUCCUUUGGGAAAAGGGGCUUUGUACAUCAGGCCAUUGCUGUUUGGCUCAGGACCAAUUCUUGGACUGGCUCCUGCACCGUCUUACACCUUUGUGACAUACUGUGCUGCUGUUGGCUCAUACUUCAAGGGUGGCCAACUGAAGCCCAUCGACUUGGUUGUUGAGAACAAGUUCCACAGGGCUGCUCCAGGAGGGAUGGGAGGAACCAAGGCAGCAGGAAAUUACUCCGCGGUGCUACAAAUCCAGAGAGCAGCAAAUGCUAAGGGCUUUGCCGACGUCGUGUACCUGGACUGCAAAACGGAUGCCUACCUUGAGGAAGUGUCGGCCUGCAACAUCUUUGUUGUGAAGGGGAGGACCAUCAAAACGCCGCCCCUAACAGGGACGAUUCUUCCCGGGGUUACUCGAGACUCGAUCCUGCAGCUGGCGAGAAAGAGAGGCUACGACGUAAAGGAACAGCCCAUCCCUGUUGUGGAAGCGCUCGAGGCAGACGAAAUUUUCACGACUGGGACGGCUGUUGUUGUGUCACCUGUUGGCAGCCUGACGCACAAGGGCAAGAGGCGUGUGUACGGAGGCGGCGUGGCGCCCACUCCGGUGGGCCUGGAGCUGUACGGGGAUCUCACGGCCAUUCAAAACGAGCAGACAGGUGACCACUUCGGAUGGGUGCAUCCCGUUUGCUAG